AUGGAUCAUUUAGGCUUUGAGUUUGCCGAAACUUUUUUAGAAUUGUCUAACUUAAAACCUUCUCUAUUUGACAUGGUAAAACCUGUUGCAAUCAAAACAGAUUCACCAAAUAGAAUGGAAUAUGCUAUUUCACUGAUGAUGUUAAAUCGUAACGGAAUGAAAUUGAAAACAUUACUAUCUAACUUGAAAACAAAAGAAAACAUUGAAAAUGUGAUUUUUAAAUGCGAAAGAAUAUUGACAUCAAAUGAAUACAAACACUAUUGCAAAGAAAAGGGAUGGGAUAUUUCAGGGGAAGAAUUGUAUUUCUUUAAUGAAAUGAAUCAUACUGAAAGAGUUGUGAAUAUUUUAUUCAGACCCAGUAACGAUGCUCAUGUGGAUUGUUUAUUAGCACUUAAAAGACCCUCUGAAUCCAAUAAGACUUCUCUUUUGAUGUUGAAAUUUAGUAUUUAG